GUCCUUGAAAAACAGGCUGUUUUUGCCGACAGCCGUGUUGGCUGUCGUCGAUUGUGUGCCUGCUUUUUGCAAAUUCGCGUGAAUCGAGGAAAGCACUGAACCGAAAAAUGCUCAGACUGGAGAUGUCGCGACCGUGGAGUCUUUGAACCGAUGAAUUCUUCUCAACUUUACUGACGGAAAGCUUGACGCUUUUGCCCCAUAAACCUCAGCUCUGAAAUUUUCAAGGAUGGUGCGCCACGUGUUGAGCGUGGCCUUAGUUUUGCUGGCGGCGACCAGCAGCGUUUCGGCGAUGAUCGAAGGACUCUACUGCGGCAAGGAAAACUGCUACGAUGUUCUUGGCGUCACAAGGGAUUCAAGCAAGAGCGAAAUUUCAAAGAUUUACCGUCAGCUUGCUCGAAAGUACCAUCCGGACAUGCACAAAGAUCCGGAGGCAAAAGCCGAAGCUGAAAUAAAAUUCAAAGAAGUUGCCACGGCGUAUGAGAUUUUGAAAGACAAUGAGUCUCGCACGGAUUACGACUACAUGUUGGACCACCCUGAGGAGUACUACAGCCAUUACUACCGGUACUAUCGCAGACGCGUGGCUCCCAAGGUGGACGUUCGUCUAGUCAUCGCCGUCACCAUCACCGUGGUGUCGGCCAUUCAAUACUUCAGCGCACACCAGAGGUACGAGUCUGCAAUAAAAUACUUCAUGACCGUGCCCAAGUACCGCCACAAGGCCAUCGACAUCGCCACCAAAGAAGGGUUGUUCAACACGGACAAGAAGGCGACGAGAAAAAUGAGCAAAGCCCAGAUCAAGGAGGAGGAAGAGGCGGUCAUACGAAGCGUCCUCGAGAACAACAUGGACAUCAAGGGCGGUUACGCUAAGCCAGGGGUGCAGGACAUUCUGUGGGUUCAGCUGGUCGUGUUUCCCUACACAGUGUUCAAAUACUGCAAGUGGUACUUUGCGUGGAUAUACAAAUUUAAUAUCAAGAAGGAGCCCUACGGAGUGGUCGAGAAGGUCUACCUUAUUAGGAAAAAUAUGAAAAUGGGCGAAUUUCAAUACGAAUCCCUCGAGGAUAGUGAAAAGGCGCAGCACUUGAAAAAGGAACUUUGGAUAAGAAGCAAAUUCUUAGUGUGGCAAAAGGAGAAAGAGGAGGAGAUGAAAGCCCAGAUGGCAGAAAGUGCAAAAUACAAAGCCUACAGGCGGUACAUGAAGAACCAUGGACCGGGCAGGAUGACUUUCGAGGACUGAUCUGACAAGGGCAAUUUAAAUUUGACCUCCACUGUUUCAUUAUUUAUUAAGUUGUGUUGAGUGUUUUGUAAUUAUUAAAAAAAAAAACUAUUA